UACUCUCUAUGGCUUGCUUACUUCACACUUGUCAUUUUAUGUCAGUCAGUUUGUGCAAAUUGUGGAUUUGUGAUUGUGGAUUUCUACGUUUGUUAUAAGUGAAUAUAAGAAUAUUUUCAUGCAAGAAAAUAAAACUAUUGCGAUAGUGUUUAUGGCGUGAAAUUCAAAACAGAAAUUGAAGUGCAAGAUUGGUUCGCAGGAUGCCGAUCGCACCGCGUGGCCCUCCGCACGUUUUGAUACCACCCUACCGCCUGCGACUCCAUAGGAGACCUAUUUCAACCCUCAAGUGGCCUUAGAUUAUAUAAAGUGUAACUUUUGUACGCCUCUUUUACACCGACCUAAUAAGUUUAAGUAGAUACACAGUGUUUAGUGUUAAGUGUCGCGUGAGUGUAAGUUUAUAUGUGUGUCGAUGGUGCGGCCGACAUGGGAAAGUCCUCGGCGAGAACACAUGGCCAAGAGAAUGAACGGAGAAUCAAAGCCAACAACCGAGAGUACAACGCGCAGUUCCGCUACGCUAAUAACUAUAUCAAGACCUCGAAGUAUUCGAUAAUCACGUUCCUGCCAUUGAAUUUGUUGGAACAAUUCCAGCGACUGGCCAAUUUCUACUUCCUUUGUCUGCUAGUGCUGCAGCUCAUACCGGCUAUAUCCUCGCUGACACCCAUCACUACUGCAAUACCCCUCAUUGGUGUGCUCGCUCUAACUGCCGUUAAAGACGCGUACGACGACUUCCAACGUCAUCAGAACGACUCUCAAGUGAAUCACAGGCGGGCGAAGACAUUGCGUAAUGGCAAGCUUGUGGAGGAGAAGUGGGCGUCUGUUCAGGUGGGAGACGUCAUCCGGCUGGAGAACGACCAGUUCGUCGCGGCUGAUAUUCUACUGCUUAGCAGUUCGGAGCCUAACGGGCUUUGCUAUAUAGAGACUGCAGAACUGGACGGGGAGACAAAUUUAAAAUGUCGUCAGUGCCUUCUAGAGACGGCCGCGAUGGGCCAGGACGACGCACAACUCGGCGCCUUCGACGGCGAGAUCGUCUGUGAAACGCCAAACAAUCUACUUAAUAAGUUUGACGGUACGCUAAGCUGGCGCGACCAGCACUUCUCGUUGGAUAACGAUAAGAUACUGCUGCGCGGGUGCGUGUUGCGGAACACGUCGUGGUGCUACGGCGUCGUGGUAUUCGCCGGGAAAGACACCAAACUCAUGCAGAACUCUGGGAAGACUAAGUUCAAGCGCACCAGCAUAGAUAGAUUACUUAAUUUUCUUAUUAUAGGGAUAGUGCUGUUCUUGCUGUCGAUGUGCGUGUUCUGCACGGUGGCGUGCGGCGUGUGGGAGUGGCUGGUGGGGCGCUACUUCCAGGUCUACCUGCCGUGGGACACGCUGGUGCCGGCCGAGCCCGCGUCGGGCGCCAUCGUGAUCGCGCUACUCGUCUUCUUUUCUUACGCGAUCGUCAUGAACACCGUCGUGCCCAUCUCGCUUUACGUUUCUGUCGAGGUCAUAAGAUUUGCGCAGAGUUUUUUAAUAAAUUGGGAUGAAAAAAUGUAUUACGAAAAGACUGGAACCGCGGCUAAGGCGCGAACAACAACGUUGAACGAGGAGCUGGGACAAAUCCAAUACGUAUUCUCAGAUAAAACUGGCACCCUAACACAAAACAUAAUGACUUUCAACAAGUGCUCGAUAGGCGGCUUGUGUUACGGCGACAUCGUCGACGAGAACACGGGCGAGACGAUCGAACUCACCGACCGCGGGCGGCGGCGCGCGGGCGGCGCGGGCGGCGCGGCGGCGCGCGGCGCGGGCGGCGCGCGCGCGCGGCUGCUGGAGCUGGAGCACGAGCAGGGCCGCAGCACGCCCGGCGCCACGCCGCACGCGCACGCGCACAGCACGGAACCGCUCGACUUCUCCGACAACCCCGAGUACGAGCCGGAGUUCAAGUUCUUUGACGCGAAGCUGCAGAAGGCGGUCCGUCGUGGCGACCGGAACGUGUACGACUUCUUCCGGUUGCUGGCACUCUGCCACACCGUCAUGCCCGAGCAGAAGAAUGGCCGGCUAGAGUACCAGGCGCAAUCGCCAGACGAGUCGGCGCUGGUGUCGGCGGCGAGAAAUUUUGGCUUCGUGUUCCGAGAGCGCUCGCCCAACACUAUUACUAUAGAGGUUAUGGGUAAAACAGAGGUGUAUGAGUUGUUAUGUAUAUUAGAUUUUAAUAAUGUUAGAAAAAGAAUGUCCGUGAUAUUGAAGAAGGAUGGUGAAAUUAGGUUAUAUACUAAAGGUGCUGAUAAUGUUAUAUACGACAGAUUAAAACGUAGCCAUCAAGAGGAAGUGAGAUCAAAAACACAGGAGCAUUUAAACAAAUUCGCGGGCGAAGGUCUGCGCACGCUGGCGCUGGCGUGGCGCCCGCUGGAGGAGCGCGGCUUCGCGGAGUGGAAGCGCCGCCACCAGGCCGCCGCGCUGGCGCUGCGCGACCGCGACGAGCGCCUCGACGCCAUCUACGAGGAGAUCGAGACCGACCUCAUCCUCAUCGGCGUUACGGCGAUAGAGGAUAAAUUACAAGAUGGAGUACCAGAAACGAUAGCGAAUCUUAGCAUGGCGGGUAUCAAAAUAUGGGUUCUGACGGGAGAUAAACAAGAGACUGCGAUAAACAUCGGCUACUCGUGCCAGCUACUGACCGACGACAUGGCGGAGGUGUUCGUCAUCGACGGCGUCGCCCACGACGACGUGGACCGCCAGCUCGCAAAGUGCAGGGACUCCAUACGCGUCGUCAACACCUUCCUCCCGCACGGCCCGUCGGAGGCGAAGGGCUCCCGCUCGGAGACGGCCAACGGCGGCGCGGUGGCGCGGCCGUCGCCCGGCCGGGCCGCCAACGUCAAGCUCAACGCGCCCGCCGUCUCCGUCGUCACAUUUAGGUGGGAACAUAACACACUCGCACACGACAGCAACGAGUACGCGUCGGGCGGCGCCGCGCACGCGCCGGACUCGCACGAGCACGGCGACGACUCCAACGGGUUCGCCAUCGUCGUCAACGGGCACUCGCUCGUGCACUGCUUGCAUCCCAAGUUGGAAGAGAAAUUUCUUGAUGUAGUUCUUCAUUGCCGAUCUGUGAUAUGCUGUAGGGUGACGCCGUUACAGAAAGCAAUGGUCGUUGAGCUCAUUAAGAAAAGUAGAAAAGCGGUCACGCUUGCCAUUGGCGAUGGUGCCAAUGAUGUUUCGAUGAUAAAAGCGGCUCAUAUAGGCGUGGGUAUAUCCGGCCAAGAGGGCAUGCAGGCGGUGCUGGCUUCCGACUACUCGAUAGCGCAGUUCCGGUUCCUGCAGCGCUUGCUGCUCGUGCACGGCCGGUGGUCGUACUAUCGAAUGUGCAAGUUUCUACGAUACUUCUUCUACAAAAACUUCGCAUUCACCGUUUGCCACUUUUGGUUCGCGUUUUUCUGUGGAUUUAGUGCACAAACCGUGUUCGACGAGAUGUUCAUCUCGGUGUACAACCUGUUCUACACGUCGCUGCCGGUGCUGGCGCUGGGCGUGUUCGAGCAGGACGUGUCAGACGCAACGUCGCUGCAGUUCCCCAAGCUGUACGCUCCAGGGCACACCAGCCAGCUCUUCAACAAGACGGAGUUCAUCAAGUCCACGCUGCACGGCUGCUUCACUUCGCUCGUCUUGUUCCUCAUCCCAUACGGUACUUACAAAGAUGGACUGGCACCCGACGGCAAGAUAUUAUCAGAUCAUAUGCUUUUAGGGAGCGUAGUCGCGACGAUAUUGAUCAUUGACAAUACGACGCAAAUCGCAUUAGACACGACAUACUGGACAGUGUUUAACCAUAUCACUAUUUGGGGUUCGCUGGUGUCGUACUUCGUGCUGGAUUACUUCUACAACUACGUCAUCCGCGGCCCCUACGUAGGGUCGCUGACGGUCGCGCUCACUCAGGCCACCUUCUGGUUCACCGCCGUGCUCACGAUGAUGAUCCUGAUGGUGCCGGUGGUGUCGUGGCGGCUGGCGUGGUCACGGCGCCGGCCCACGUUGGCCGAGCGGCUGCGCGCGCGCACGCGCUGGCGCCGCGCCGCCGCCGCGCCCGCGCCGCGCACGCCUUCCGCCCGCCGCGCGCGCCGCUCCGUGCGCUCGGGCUACGCCUUCGCGCACCAGGAGGGCUUCGGCCGCCUCAUCACCUCCGGCAAGAUCAUGCGCCGCAUCCCGCACGCGGACGCCGCGCUGUCGGCGCUGGCGUCGCUGCCGGGCAAGUUCCACCCGCGCUCCUCGACGCCGCCGCCGUCGCCGCCCUCCGCCUCGCCCUCCGCCUCGCACUCCGCCUCGCCGCCCUCGCCGCGGGCCCCGAAGCAGGACCUCGAUUCCGUCGAUUUAUGAGCUCCCGUGUGGCGCGGCUCGAGCGAGCGCGGUCGGACUGAGUGAGAGUGCCGGACUCGUUGGUCGCCGCGUCGGGCCCGAGGAGUCCUCCCGACGCGGGCGACCGUCGCCUUCCUCGUUGCAGGUGUUCAUUUCAGAAAAGACGAGACGUGUACGAUGUAAGAAUGAGAGUAAUGUUUGUAAAUAAUAAAGUGGUUACAAACGAACCAUAAUUUUUUAUUAGACGGCAUAAUGUCGUCGCAACUCGUAUUGUGAUAAUGUUAAUAGAUUUAAAAAUUCGUAUUAUAUAUAUUAUUGCCUAUAUUAAAUUAUAUUUGUUGAUCGAGAGUAUAUAUUGAUAGAUAUUUAUUAUCGUACGUAAUAAGAUUACUCUUUUAUAUCGGAAAAGCGUAGUUUUCUCCUAAUGUUCCUUUGUAUGUGUAAAUUAUAUAGUUCCGGUUACUGCGAGCACGACCCAUCGAUUGUAUUCUUUAGCUCAUUGUCGCCGUAAACGUAAACUUGGCAAAAUGAUAUCAGAAGAACUUGUUACCGAGAUUUGUAUUUUUUGUUCUUAUGACAUAGAAUUAUAUUAGAAAUUUUCUCCUUUCCAAUUAGUAUUUUAUUUGUUAUUUUAUUUAUGAAAAAAAUGUUUUUUUAUAUGCUUUUUAAUGUCGUCAGUGUCGGAGACCUUAGUAAAAUUUGCAUUUAAAUUUAUGUCAAUAUGGUAAGCAGUUAAAAUAGACACGAAAUGAAAUAGAUAAGUUGCAUACAAAUUAUUAAUGUACCGUCUUAAGUCUUGACAUUGUUUAUAUCAUGAUAUUUUUAAAAAAUUGUUUAAAUAAACUCUUUAUUAUUGUGUAAAUCUUUUGAUAGAUAUUAAAAAUAUGUUGAAAUAUUAAAUAGAAAGAUACUAAUACAAAUCAAAACUGAUAUUCGGUGUUUUAACUGCAUACAAUAUACAUUUGCUUUGGUAUCAAAUUUUUAAUAAAAAAAUACUCUCUUAA